AUGAGAAAAAAGUGGAAAGUGGGGGGCACAAAGUGCAUCUUUUCCUUGUUGCUGUUCUUUCUUUUCCUAGAAGGAAGCAAAACAGAGCAAGUAAAACAUUCAGAGACAUAUUGUGUGUUUCAAGACAAGAAGUACAGAGUGGGUGAGAGAUGGCAUCCUUACCUGGAACCCUAUGGGUUGGUUUACUGUGUGAACUGCAUCUGCUCAGAGAAUGGGAAUGUGCUUUGCAGCCGAGUCAGAUGUCCAAGCCUUCACUGUGUCUCCCCUGUGCAUAUUCCACAUCUGUGCUGCCCGCGCUGCCCAGAAGACUCCUUACCCCCAGCGAACAACAAGGUGACCAGCAAGUCAUGUGAGUACAAUGGGACCACUUACCAACAUGGUGAGCUGUUCAUGGCUGAAGGGCUCUUUCAGAACCGGCAACCCAAUCAAUGCACCCAGUGCAGCUGUUCGGAGGGAAACGUGUAUUGUGGUCUCAAGACUUGCCCCAAGUUAACCUGUGCAUUCCCAGUCUCUGUUCCGGAUUCCUGCUGCCGGGUGUGCAGAGGGGAUGGAGAAUUGUCGUGGGAACAUUCUGAUGGUGAUAUCUUCCGGCAACCUGCCAACAGAGAAGCAAGACAUUCUUACCACCGAUCUCACUACGACCCCCCACCAAGCCGACAGGCUGGAGGUCUGCCCCGCUUUCCCGGGGCCAGAAGCCACCGAGGAGCUCUCAUGGAUUCCCAGCAAGCAUCGGGCACCAUUGUGCAAAUUGUCAUCAACAACAAACACAAGCACGGACAAGUGUGUGUUUCCAAUGGAAAGACUUACUCCCAUGGCGAGUCCUGGCACCCCAAUCUCCGGGCAUUUGGCAUUGUGGAGUGUGUGCUGUGCACUUGCAAUGUCACCAAGCAAGAGUGUAAGAAAAUCCACUGCCCCAACCGGUACCCCUGCAAGUAUCCUCAAAAAAUAGAUGGAAAGUGCUGCAAGGUGUGUCCAGGUAAAAAGGCAAAAGAAGAACUUCCGGGCCAAAGCUUUGACAGUAAGGGCUACUUUUGUGGAGAAGAAACCAUGCCUGUGUAUGAAUCUGUGUUCAUGGAGGAUGGGGAGACCACCAGAAAAAUAGCCCUGGAGACCGAGAGACCACCUCAGGUGGAGGUGCACGUUUGGACCAUCCGAAAGGGCAUCCUCCAGCACUUCCAUAUUGAGAAGAUCUCCAAGAGGAUGUUUGAGGAGCUCCAUCACUUCAAGCUGGUGACCAGGACAACGCUGAGCCAGUGGAAGAUCUUCACCGAAGGAGAAGCUCAGAUCAGCCAGAUGUGUUCGAGUCGUGUGUGCAGAACUGAGCUUGAAGAUUUGGUCAAGGUUUUGUACCUGGAAAGGUCUGAAAAGGGCCACUGUUAG